AGAGUUGAAGUCCAUUCAUAGGCUUUCCUCAGCAACACCCGUCAAGACAAAUCAACGCGCCAACCAUGGAAUUAUUCCACGAUCCAGGAUUCACCUAUAUAAGCAGCCACUCUUCCGCAAGAUUGGACCAUAUCACACAAAAGGAUCCUAGUCCUAGCUAACAUGGCAUCUUCUCCUCUGGCCACCGUGAUCCAGAUGUCUUCGCACACCAACGCCACAGCAUCGACGACACCUAAGGGAACCGAUGAACCCCUGACCAUGCCAAUGGCACCAAGCUCUUCCGGGACGACGACAGACAAGGUGAUGUCAAGCGCGGCCAACCUGGCGCAGCUCCUGCCGACGGGCACGGUGCUGGCGUACCAGGCGCUGUCGCCGUCCUUCACCAACCACGGCAACUGCACCACCUCCAACCGGUGGCUCACGGCCGUCCUGGUCGGCGUCCUGGCCGUCUUCUCCCUCUUCUUCUCCUUCACCGACAGUGUCAUCGGCCGCGACCGCAAGCUCUACUUCGGCGUGGCGACGCCGCACGGGUUUAACGUGUUCAACUUAUCCGAGGAGGAGGAGAAGCGGGAGUUGGGCGAGCUCCAGAAGCUCCGGCUCCGCCCGCUGGACUACGUGCACGCCUUCUUCACCGCCGUGGUGUUCCUCACCGUGGCGUUCAGCGACGUGGGGCUGCAGAGGUGCUUCUUCCCCAACGCUGGCGUCAACACCAACGAGCUUCUUAAGAAUCUGCCGCUGGGGAUGUCGUUCCUGUCGAGCUUUGUGUUCUUGAUCUUCCCGACCAAAAGGAAGGGCAUCGGAUACAACGAUUCCACUCCCCGCCAGAAGGCAUGAUGCGUCCGGUCACUUAAAAGUAGUUCAGAUAUCUUUUAAGAUUUAGAACAGUGGAUUUGAACACAAUUCAAGAUUUAGAACAUGAUGCAGUUGUCGUGAUCGAUGUGUGUAUUCCUUAGUUUGUUCCUGGAAAAGUUGUAGGUUUAAUCUGUUCAUUUUGCUGAAAAAAGUAGGUUUUGUACUUGUAUAUACGUACAUGCAAUGUUUGAUAGGUGGAUUAUUUUCGUACUUAAAUACAUGAUUGGAAAAAAAUUGGUGGAAGAGAUGGAGAGAGUUUGAAGACAAAA